CCCACUUCCACGGUGGCACCCAAAAAGCGGCUUAUAAAGGUAUACGCGUCCACACGCCGCCCUCCCCCACAAUGCAUUCCCCUCGCAUGUGCGCGUCCAGGCUCUGCGUCCUUCCCGCUGAGCUCCUGCACGAAGUCGCCGUGUACCUGGUCGCCUGCGACGACGCUGCCGCACCUGAGCAUCUCGCUUUAACCUGCACCAUCCACCUCGCGCCCAUCUUCGAGUCCCUCGUUGAGAAGGGACACAUCUGCCGCGAGAUCUUCGACAUGGAGGCCGUCAUCCGUCGCUGCGACUGGCUCGCCACCAGCUGCCCGGAAGAGGAUCUCGGGAAUGUGAACGGACGCAUACGGCCAGAGGACCUGGGCGAGCUGCUCGACGUUGUCCUCAACUACGUCCGCACCCCCAUCGUCAAUCACACGCCGCUCGACCACCCGGAUGUGGACGCGGCAAUCAUGGGCAUAUAUGCGCUGCUUAUCAUGGACGACGGGAAGACGCGUGAGAUGCUCGAGCAGUGGCAUACAUACAGCUUCGUGAUGGCGUAUGUGCGCCGCCGCCUGAGCCUCGACGAAGUGAAGGGCCCGAUUCCCUGGCCCGAACAAGACGAAGUGCUUCUGUCCGCGCUCUCAGCAGCGUGGAUCUUGACAACGCCUGAGCACCUGCUCGCCGAGCCACCGCAAGAAAGGGAGCGUCUGAGGCGCGGUCUCCUUCCAUUCAUUCUUAUGCCCUUCCGCUAUCCCGCCGGCGAGUUACCGGCGGAGUGCUUCUACCCGCCCGUUGCCGACGGUCCGCAGGGUCUACCCCACUCCGACCUCGUCACCGUGCACGGCGCCUACCCCAUCUACCCGCGCGCUCGCCAGUCUCAUAUGGCCCGCCCAUCGCAUACUACGCCCAACGUAUGGCCGUACGCUGGGCGCGACUUCGACUUCUCGCUCCCGCUUGUGUCCAGCGUGGCGAAGUUGCAUUACUUCGCGAGGCAGGAGCUGAGCGAGUUGCAAGUGCCGGACCAUCUGGCGGAGGACUACCAGUCGCGGUGGGAGGCGUACUUGCGCCGCAGGCAGGAGGAAGGAUCUCAUAUACCUUUCGAGGUAGAGCUCACGAAAGAGGACAUACGCAAGUACAACCAACACAGAGGCACACCGCUACCGCGCCGGGACCCCCACUAUCCGACCUCCCUGCAAUGGGACGCGGACACGAUGCGCUGUCUCAUGAGCUCAGCCCUGGUCGGAUACGACAACAACCACCCGCCCUCCGCCCUUUGCGACUCCAUCCGCAUGAGCCACAUGUACGAGCCCGGCACCAUGACAGGCCUCUGGAGGGGUAGAAUGCUCCUCCCUCAACUGCACUAUCUACAAAAUGCGCUGCAUGAACCAGUGCGCACGCCCCUGUUCGACGCGCAGAUGUCGGAGCUCGUCAUGAACUUCAGCGCGUGGCGCAUCAGCGAGUUCGUCGCGCCCAUCGCGGACGACGCUCGGCUCCCCGGACGGGACGACGCGCGCACAGGGUGGCUGCCCUACAACACCUCCUUCGCAGUCUCGGAGGACGGCAAGAAGUGCGAUGUCUUUUCGGGGCCCAAGAAAUACGUUUAUCGCUCGCUUGAGGAGCACAAGAAGGCGUACGCGCCGGCCGACGACGAUUCUGACCGCAAGCCCGAGGAGUGUGCGGGCUGUAAGCUGCGCGAACGAUUCGGGAGCGGGAAGGAAGACGUCGAUGCUAUAUUCGAGAGCGUCGGGCUUGGGCUGGAGGAGGUCGAGUGCGAGGAGUGCGGCUGCUGCCCACGGCGGCCGUCGCGGGACUACUUGUACACCUUCGGCAUACCCGUGCGGGAGAGUUUCUCGGUGCCGACAGAGGAGGAGGAAGCCGAGGGGGAUGGCGAGGGCGAAGACGAGGAGGACGAGGGCCCGUGCGCAGAGUGCCAGCGGCGCGUGCUGCCGCCGCGGUCGCUGAAGGCGUGCAACCAUGUGUCGUCGGUGUUGCUGCAUGGCACCGUGGACGAGCAAGAUGCGGCGGCGUUGUACGACUACGAGCUAUACGGCCGGGUGCGUCCGUGCGACGGGAUGAUUGGGCUGCUGAGGUUCCCGAAGAGAGACUCGCGCUUCUCGCCGCCCGGGAUCAGCUCCGCGUACUAUACGUUCUUCUACGGGUAUGUUAUUGGCGGGCAGAACUUUGUCGGGACGUGGCGCAUCGUCUUCCCGCGGGGGAUGAUCGGGCAGGUCGUGCUUGGGCAGAAUGGAGGCAUAGGCGGUGCCGCAGAGGGCGCGUCUGAGAUCUUCUGGGAGGGUCCCUUCACAAUGCAAAAGGUUCCCGAGUAGGUUCUCGUAGGACACUGGAUAUUGGUCGCUUGGUCGUUCGGGUCGUUCACUUUCUUACUCGAAUCGAUCACUUGUUUGCUUCGACUGCAAUAUGGACAAGUGGAUUUUGGCUGCAUUACGACGGGAACACCCCCACUCAUCUAGACUCUCCUUGAUAUCGACCUCGGACGUUAUAUGCGUAGGCAGGCUUGUUACUAUGCGGACUGGUAUAGCACUCUGUUAUGUAUCCAUCGUGUCGGACUUUGCAGAAUGGAACGAAUCUUGUGUUGA